AUGGGCCCAAACAAAACAGAAACAGCGACAGUCUUUCCCAACACAACCGGGUCAGUGUUUUAUUGCUCACACGCACCACCCAUAAUUUGGGAUUUACAGGACACUACUUCUCCGUGGGUUUUUGCCGCUGUUGCAUUUAUAAUCUCGCCGCCUGCAGUUCUUUUAAACGCACUAAUAAUCAUAGCAGUAAAGCGAAGGAGAGAACUGAAGAGAACUUCCAACAUCUUGCUAUCAAGUUUGGCCGUUACAGAUCUUUUAGUAGGAAGUUUGUGUGUACCGUUAUCUGCUGUGGUUGGACUGUUAGUCUCUUAUCAAGUACUGACCGACUAUUACAUUUGCGUGCUGGACUUUGUUGCGAUAUCGCCCACGGUCAUUCUCACGAUUUGUUCGAUUUUCCAUCUGACAAUGAUGGCAUGGGAAAGGUACGUGGCCAUUCGAAAAUGGAUUGACUACAAAGUGAUGGUGACUCAAAGCCUUAUGAAAAAGCUGGCGAUAAUAGCUUGGAUAUCAGCACUAGUAACUGUAUCUCCACCAGUCUUCAUUACGGCGUUCGCAGGAAUGAUGAGGGACAAUGAGAGGCUUUUAGCUCUUAAAAUUUUCCUCACCGUUGUUCNUUUAUAAUCUCGCCGCCUGCAGUUCUUUUAAACGCACUAAUAAUCAUAGCAGUAAAGCGAAGGAGAGAACUGAAGAGAACUUCCAACAUCUUGCUAUCAAGUUUGGCCGUUACAGAUCUUUUAGUAGGAAGUUUGUGUGUACCGUUAUCUGCUGUGGUUGGACUGUUAGUCUCUUAUCAAGUACUGACCGACUAUUACAUUUGCGUGCUGGACUUUGUUGCGAUAUCGCCCACGGUCAUUCUCACGAUUUGUUCGAUUUUCCAUCUGACAAUGAUGGCAUGGGAAAGGUACGUGGCCAUUCGAAAAUGGAUUGACUACAAAGUGAUGGUGACUCAAAGCCUUAUGAAAAAGCUGGCGAUAAUAGCUUGGAUAUCAGCACUAGUAACUGUAUCUCCACCAGUCUUCAUUACGGCGUUCGCAGGAAUGAUGAGGGACAAUGAGAGGCUUUUAGCUCUUAAAAUUUUCCUCACCGUUGUUCCAAUUUUGGUUAUGUUUGCCCUAGGUCUUAUCGUAUAUUUUUAUGUCAUGGUGUACCUUGAAGUUCGCAAACGCAAAUUAAAUCAAAUUCGCCAAGUCAGCGAGUUAGUAAACGCAAAACACGAACGCAGAGUAGCUAUGACCACUGCUUUGGUUACAAUUGCCGUAAUUCUUUCCUUCUUCCCACGUAUUCUUAGCGGUUUUUUGCAAGGAAUUUAUCCAGUCUUUCGUCAACGUUUGGCGAUGCGUGUAGACGACACAUUUUUGUAUCUAAAUUCUGUAGCAAAUCCACUCAUUUACUGCUAUAGAGAUCGUCCUUUUAGGAACGCCGUGCUUGAGAUUUUGAGGAUUAGAAAACCCAAAGUAGAGCCGGUUGAAAUGAUCGCAGCGAGGUUCCGCGACGUCAGUCGUAACAACGUAUUUGGUUCGGGAAAAGAUGAGCUACAGAUACAAAAAGUGGAAGAACCUGUUCGCGUGACAAGCCCGGGGGGGCACUAAGGUAUUUUUUGGGUGGGUAUGUGCCGCCCGGGACUCCAAAUUGGCACCCCGUCCUAAAAAAAUUUCUCCUAAAAUUGAUACCCUCGUUCAAGAAAUGGGCCAAUUUUUUAUGCCCCGUUCUAGAAUUCGCCCUAAAACUGAUACCCCGUUCUAGAAAUGGGUCAAUUUUUUAUACUCCGUUUUAGAAAGUUUGUAAAUUGAAAUAGCCCUGUUUUUUAAAAAGGUUAUUUCUUUAUUUGUUCGACCGAUACAUCAAAUAAAUGCUUCUUCAUAAUCAGCAACAAUUUUAAGCAGAAGAUAAAGCCGUGAUCCACAAUUUUUUAUACCCCGUUCUAGAAAAUUCUUCUGAAAUGGGUACCCCGUUCUAAAUCAGAUCUAAAUCAGAAGCUUCAAAAUCACGAUCCCGUUGGGCGGCACAUACCCGUAUAGGUAAUGUAUGGGAGUACCCCCCCCUCCCGGGGGGGGUAACAAGAUCAUUAUUUGGUGUUGUUUUCUGAUCAGACUCAUUUGGGUUUUCAUAACCUUUUGCCAGCAAGAACCUUAUCAUGUCCGUCUCUCCCGCCUUAUAAAUAAUAGUUUCUUUCAAAACUGAUUGCAAUAACUCUCCGGACUUGUGUUCGCUACAGCGAACUUGGCUUGUUUGUGGUCGGAAAAUUCAUGCAUGGUGUUAAUAAUAAUAUUGAAAAUAAUAGUAGUUAUGACAAUAGUAAUAAUGAUAAUAAUAAUAAUAAUAAUAUAUUUUAAUAGGGCAUUCUACAAAGUCCCGAUGCUCCUUAAAUAAGGUAACCUAAAGGAAAUUUUCAAGAUUCAUGUAAAAGUUAAUUUAUACAACCGGAAGAAUUUUUCACUUCUCUCCCUCGAGGUUCAUGUGAAGUGUCUGUUUCUGUUUUCAGGAGGGUUUAGGUUUGGUUUCCUCCAAAGAUAAACUGGUUCUUUUCCUGACGGGCAGCAGACACUCAAUCAUAAAUUAAAUUACUGAUCAUACCUGUCUUAAAACGGAAUUCAUUAGAAAAUUGAGUAAUGUUAACUUUCAGUGGACAAAAACCUUGUACCAGAAUAAUUUUAAGCAUAUUGCAUUCUUUUUUACACUUUUCGAGGGCGAUAAAUGUAAAUAAAUUCUGCACACUUGGACAAAUCAGGUAAGUCAACAUUCAAGAUUCCUCUUUGGAGACGUAGGUGCCUUAUUCGCUCCGACUGCAAUGUAUAUGUUGUAGUUAAUUUUUUAUCUCAGGUAAUUUUUGUUUUUCUUUUGUUUUGGGGUAUGAUAAUGUAUGCUAAUGAAGUUGAAACAAAGGAAAAUUACCUGAGAUAAAAAAUUUAAUACCACAUAAAUAUUGGUAUGGAGAUUUUACAUACGGAAUAAGCUGAAUACCGCUAAAUACUCUUAGCUGAAAUGUAUGUUUUUCCUUCAGAAAAUAAGAACCUAUUAAAAACCUAAAUAGCCUAAAUUUGCGUAAAUGAACAUUCAUAUAAGAACCUGUUUUGGCUAAAUUGAGUCCUUACUCGCGCCUUUUAACUGUAUUUCAUCAGCAUGUAGAGUAAGUGUCCUGAAAAUGUACCAGUUUUAAAGACACAGUAACAAUCUUAGUCAGCGGGCGUACAAGUACGUCUGCAGCCUGUUACACAACAGUGGUAGGUACCCGAGGGGGGGGGGGUACACCCUUAAAUAAUACACUCAAACGAGCCCCUUAAUUCACACCAAGAAGCCAUUAUCGAUGAGUUAACAAGAUUAGAAGACGCAAAAACACAAUCGCAUGCCUUGGACUACCUAAUAACUGAACUCGAAAUACGCACAGCGGCUAACAAACUCAAAAACAACAAAUCUUCGUAUUCAGAUAGAAUAAAAAAUGAAAUGAUCAAAUCCAGCUUAAAUGAACUAAUGCCUAUUUAUUUGAAGUUAUUUAACGCUGUUCUGACGUCAGGCACUAUGCCUCAAACAUGGUGCGGUGGCCUUAUAACACCAAUUUUUAAAAGUGGGACUAAAAGUGAUCCCGCAAAUUAUCGAGGAAUUUGUGUUUCUAGUUGUCUUGGGAAACUAUUUUGCUCAAUUCUCAAUCAUAGACUUCUCAAGCACAUUCAGUCGCGUGACAUACUUCAUAAAUCUCAAAUAGGUUUCUUAGCAAAUAAUCGAACCGCUGACCAUGUUCUUACACUACGAACAUUAAUUGACAAAUACGUUAACUGUCACAAAACGAAAGUAUACGCAUGUUUUGUGGACUUUAGAAAAGCAUUUGAUUCGGUGUGGCACGAUGGACUCUUAUACAAGCUGUUACAAAUAAAUGUCCGAGGAAACUUCUAUAAAGUCAUAAAAAGUUUAUACUCAAACUCUACCUGUUCUAUUAGGAUUGGAAAUAACCAAACACAACCUUUUCAAUACACUAGAGGUGUGCGUCAAGGCUGCAUUUUAAGCCCUCUUCUCUUCAACCUAUACGUUAAUGAUCUAGCUUUUUCAUUCAACAAUAUUUUAUCUGAUCCGUUUGUGCUACCAAAUGGCACCAAACUCAAUUCUCUUUUUUAUGCUGACGACCUUAUUAUAUUAUCACGAUCGAAACUAGGAUUACAAAAUUGCCUAAACAAAUUGUCUUCAUAUUGCAACUCCUGGAUGCUUAAAAUCAACCCCAAGAAAACCAAAAUAAUGGUUUUCCAAAAAGGCGCAAAAAAAUGUGAUUAUGUUUUUCACGUAGGAAAUGAAAUGAUAGACAUUGUAAAAGACUAUACUUACUUAGGGACUCGCAUCUCGUCUCCCGGAAAUUUUACACUCUCACUUGAACAUCUUCGGCAAAAAGCCCUUCAUGCUCUAUUUAGUCUAAGACGCCACACUGAUUUUAGUAAACUGAAACCUUCCCUUGCAAAUAAAAUUUUUGACACAAUGGUCUCACCGAUUUUAACUUACAACAGUGAAGUUUGGGGUGCCUUUGUGAAAUCAGAUUUUAAGUCAUGGGAUAACUCCGGAAUCGAAAAAACUCAUUUGCACUUCUGUAAACGAUAUUUAGAAGUCCAUAACAAGUCAUCCAAUGUUGCAUGCAGAUCUGAACUUGGCAGAUUCCCUCUGAUCAUUGAUAUAAAUAACAAGAUACUUAAUUACUUAAACUAUCUCCAAGAAAAAGAUGAAAAUUCUAUAGUUAAACAAUCUUUAAAAAUAUCUGUUGACCUUUAUCAUAGUGGUCAAAAUAGUUUUUACUCCAGUCUUAAGAAGAUGACUGACUACUAUGAUUUCCCAGGCUUUAAUUGUAAUUUACUGAAUAAAUGUAAAAUUAAGCAAUAUGUAGAUCUUAUGCAAAAGAAAUAUAUCACUUACUGGAAUCAUACCCUUCAACAUUCACAAAAACUUAACUUUUAUUAUAAAAUCAAAACGAAUUAUAGCCCUUCUGUCUACCUAGAUUUAACAAGAAAGAACCCUUCUAGGAAAACAUUAGUGAAACUGAGAAUAAGCAGUCACAAACUUAGGAUUGAGACAGGUAGAUACGACAAUCUACCACGUGACGAAAGGUUAUGCAAUCUCUGCAAUUGUAACAGAAUUGAAGAUGAAACUCACUUUUUAUUAGAUUGUCCAAGUUUUUCUUCGAUAAGAGACAUGUUCUUCUCUAAACUAGAACCUAAAAUACUGUUUCUACGACUACAAUCACAUGAGUCCUUAUUAUCACAUCUGAUGAAUUCUACUGACUAUUUUAUUAACAUCCAAUUAAUUUCAUUUAUAUCAACUUGCUUUGAAUUGAGAGACAAACCUAUCUCCGGAAUAAUUAAUCCUACUAAUGGUUAGAAAUAAACAAUGAUUAAUGAGUUUCAAAUUAUUUUAAAUAUUUAAUUUACAAGGAAUCAAUGGGUAAUUUCAAGUAGCUUUUGCAAUACUGUAAUACUUUGUCAUGGUCAUGCAAAUAAAGCUUAUUGUUGUUGUCCAAAAAGUUAUAUAGGUAUGUGCCGCCCCAUCGGUAGGGAUUUUGCUCCGUUCCUAGAGUCUGGAAAGAGAGUAUGCCUAAAGGCUCAGUCUGGAAACGAGUAUGGAUUUUAGAGGUCUGGUCUGUAAACGGGUGUGGAAAAUUAAUUUUUUUUUGUCUGAAAUAGGGUCAGGAUUUGGAGAACCGGGCGGCACACCCACACCAAGAAUUCCCAUGAGUAACCCCCCGGAGGUAAGUAGUGGGUCAGAGAUAUACCUCUCAGAGACUGGUUUCACAACAGUUCCAACAAACUGAUCUCUUGUAUAGUUUUAAAGAGAUUUUUCGAUUUUAGUAGACAACUACACAUAAAAAGCUUUCCGCCAAACUUAAAUGAGAAGUCAGCGACGGUGUGCCGACGGAAGUGGAAGAUCAGUAUUCAAUCAGUGGAAAAGCUGAGCUGGUUUUGAUCAGCGGUAGAUAAUUUUGGUUGUAAUAGGUAGAUUUUGCGGCGUCCAGAGCAUCUGCAUCUGUCUCUGUAAAUUGGUCGAUGAAUCUCCGACCGGCUUGCAAGAGAAUUAAAUUGGGAGUAAAACGCUGAAAACCGUUUCUCGCUAGCUAGGGCACGUAGAAGUCGAGCUUUGGGACUUAAAAGAUAUUUUAUUGCACCCCCAGAACCAUAUUUCUUCAUUAAAAUCGAACCCUUUGAUAGAUUAUGCUGACAUAAUUUUUUGCAUUAUUCGUCAUUACAAGCACAAUUUCCAUUAUUUUCCGAAAUAAUUAAUGCUCCAUUAUUUGCACUUUUGGCUAGUUUUGCAGCACAAAAAUAUCAAUUAUUAAUCCUAAUCAUGCAACAAUUUGUUUGGACAGAGAUCAGUGUUACAGGCAAAUUUAAGUGACAAAGUCAAUUUUUUAUCCGAUUGACGAGAGCUAAGUCCCAAAGGAUAUGACCCAGGACUCUUUCUACAGGAGCCAACGCAUGCGCAUAAUAAUCUUGAUUACCAAGAUGGCGUCCGCGUUUUUAUAGUGGACACCUUUGUUAAAAAUGAGAUUUGCUACCCUUUUGCAUACAGGUUCAAUAGUAAAGGGUCUAAUCAGGGUCAAGUUUGCGCGUGAAACAACCGCGCCAGAAAAAUUAAAGCGGCCUUUCUUCAAAUUCGUGGUAUUACUUAUUAUACACAAAAUCCUGUGAUUUUGUGAGGAAUAAUGCAAGCUGACUAUUUAGAAAAUGGCAAAAGCGUGUGGCCUUCUGUUUUUGCCCUGGCUCUGUAGCGGUGGCGAUUUUCACCAUGUGCCUUGAAGCACCAUUUUGCAACAAAGAAUCAGAAAAUACCACAGUGAACAAUCAUUCCGAAUAAAAAUUUGGGGGAAGUUCAAUUCAAUUUGUUUUUGGCAAUUUUUUGAGAUCCACGUAAAAGAUGAUAUCAAAUCACGCCGUCUUACUUCCCUGUGACCAACAGAAGCUGGCCUCAAACGUCCCUUUGCAAAACUGGCAACCUUGAGGUUUGAGGUCUCACUGUAUUAUCAUUUUUUUGUCCUAAGCAUUCAGAUGCAAAGACAUUACUUUAUGAUGUCCCCAGACCUUUCCCGGCCACCCAAUACCAAGAGACUUAGGAACGAAAAUUAGGCAUUUGAAAAGGAUGCGGGGAGACCUGGGCGCUUUUGAAAUGAUGUGACUUCAUAACUUAGUAAUCUCCAGCCUCGUUUUGAUAAAGAGAACAAUAACAAGGUUGCAUCAUUUGUAUACGAGAUGAGACCGGUUGACACCUUCACAAAAUCUGUCAUACUAGGCUCUCUCAGUUAAAGGAAAGGCUCCAUGACUUACACAGAGUGGAUCAGGUUAAGCAUUCAAAUUUGGUGAAACGACUUCCUCGCUAAACAACAACACGAAAUUCAAUCUGUGGACGAUUUCGUUGAACUCUACGACUUGUUAUUUCUUCGGGGAAGGGUUAACUGUGAAUUAUUAAAAGUUACCACUAUGUUUUAUUUAUCUGAUGGAGUUACUUGCGAAAAGAAUUUGGUUUUUUCGAGAGUAAAAGGUUCGUUUCUCUCAACCUUUGAUGAAACAAACUUGAAAAUAUUCCUUAAAUAGGUGUUUUUGUAUCAUUUCUUAUCGAAAACUGAAUAAUUUUGUCACUUUUUUUAGUAAUGUUCAACGCUGGUGGUUUUCUUGUGCAAUACCCGUCAUGACCUGUUCUCAUGGUUUGUUUCUAUUAUAUUGACCUUCGAGAUACACCAACGCCACGUACUUGAUUAUCUUUGCUCUUCUUUCCUUAUUAUUCUUUUAAUCGCCAAUUUUAAACCGUAAAUUUGCCCUUCAUGAGAGAUCCAACGUUCUAGAACAUUUCAUCGGAUAUACAAGUCAUGUGGACUGCACUUGGGUGGGUUUAGGUCUUUGAAUGCGUAUCGCUGCUAUUUUGAAGGAACAAGCAGUAGUUCCAAAGAAAGCUUUGAUUUGAUGCUAUUUGUUUUAAUUUUCUCCGUAGUUUAUACGCGUUUGGACCAAAUUACAAAGAUCUCAAAGAGUACAAGAAAUUGCGGCGGUAAGUGACGGCUGAAGAAUAAGAAACGUUUUAGAUUGAUCAUGUGAUUUACGGUUGAGAGGUUUUAUUUCCUGCUCCAUAGUGAAAAAGAGAGAUCACAUGAGAUCUCACCUUUUUCUUCAAAGAUUGUUUUUUUUUUAUUGCGAACAACGUCUUCAAGACUGCAGGUUUACAACUACGUUGUUACAGCCAACUAAAAACUACUUGGAAGUAGCGGUGAGAAAACGUGACUGUCAUUACACCGCAAUUUACAAUUCGGCAAACGAGGCCCCUAAAAUAGUGAUGGUAAAUAGCUGGGAAGUCAUUCCUUAACAUUUGAUCAAGAGAUCACUUGUUUAAGGUUAAAAAACCACAAGCUCCACACGGCUUGAGUUUUGAGCCGUAGUUAUAACGACGAGCUCAACGGAUUAAUCAACCUUAAGACUUAAGCUUCUUGUAGAUUUAAAGAAUACAAAAACAUAAGGCGCUGUUUAGGAAAACAAGGAGCAGGUUCAAUAAUUUUAAGUCAAUGCGUCGUUCAGACCUAAAAGGCAUUAAAGAGGAUAGCGUCUAAGCUUUUAAAUAACUGAUCAUAUUUAUACAACCAUGACACAGUGAUACCUUUUAUGAGCGCAUGCACAUCUCUAAUGUGUCUCCUUAACUGAUAAAUUCAGGUUUGUUUCUUACACUUAAACAGACAAAAGUGUGUUAGUUUAUAACUGUUGUGUCCUCGUAAUGUAGAAUGUCCGCUUAAUCAUGGGGUUUACUGUGUAUUCCAGUGAUAAAAUACGAAUUAAAUUUGGUGUGUAUAAGUAAGCGUUACAACGGUUUUGUUUGAAAGUACUAAAAUAUAAUGGGAAGAAAUCUUGAUGUUAGUAUUUUAUGGAAGAAUUAUUAUCCAUCUACCAUUUAUCGUUUCAGGAGUACUACUUUUACUACUUUUUCUAGAACUUGGUACAGUAGUUGGGUUGCAAGCAACACAGUGACUUAGUUGUUUUCUCAUUUACCUUGAAUUCGGCGAGGUUCUAUUCUAUCAAGAUUAUCAACAACAAUAACAAUUUACCCCUACAGAGGUUAAAAAUGUUCUAUAACACUCUUCAACAUGCUAUUACAUACCGCUUAAUUUCACCAAUUGUGAGAGUGUCAUUCUUCUUUUCUUUGAUUAGCUAAAUCAGUUCUUCGAAACUAGACUUAUUAGACUCAGUUUUGUCUGUGACUCAAACGUUUCCAGUUUAUCAAAGAGCUUUUUUUUACCUCGAUGAGAAGGAAAAGAUCAACCCUGGCUGAGGAAAGCGCCGUAACUUAAGCAUUUCAGAUCUCUCCAGAGAAUCUUUUUCUCUUUGUUUCGCUGGUUAUUCAAUGAGAAACUCUGAUGAACCCAACAUUCCACGAUUUCACGGGAAGAAUGUCACUAACUACAUCUCGGCAGAAAUUACAUAUUCCAUGACUUCACGUAGAAUAUGGGUGAGUUAUGUUACGCCCGUGGUGUAAAAGUAUUCUCACUGAAGACCAUGUUGACAUCUACCAUGAAAAGAAAGUUGAAGUUCAUUUACAUAUUCCGUAUAUUUGGCACCUGCUAAAGUUUGCUUACAUCUAUAAGAUACAUAAAUUUAACGUCUGAAUGUCGUAAGUUGGCGUUGCUAAUGGGUCCCGCUCCGCUAUGGAAACAAGGAAGAUAACUUAUUUGUUCCUCUGUUAUAAUUUCCUCGAUCUGGAUUGACACUGGAUUGAUCUCUUUCAACCUACGGUAAAUCAUUUGCUUUUAACUACACUCUUGAUAUUUGCGUUGCGUAAAAUCACGGUGAGGGACAGUCAGUUUCUCACUGAAUGUACAACGGUGGAGUUUGAAGCAGGUUUGUGUUUUACUUAAGACUAAAUUAUGUCACUUCCCAUUUACAAGACGGCAAACGCAGAAUUUAACGAACAUAUUAACAUUAGUUUUUUUUAAAUAUUCCGGCCUUUUCCAAGCUUCUUCUUGGAUAAGAAUAUGCCGCUUCAUAAUUCAUAAUUUAAUUGAAGCUGGCUACAUCAUGUACCUCCUGCACAGACCCUACACUUCUAUUAUCGCAAAGCGAAGAAGAGAGCAAAUCGUGACUGAAAUACAAAGAUACACUUGCAAAUUUAAGUCACUCUAGUAACUUAAAGAAAGAAUUGAAUUUUUUGUUUACCCAGCAGCGUACUAAAACUCCAUAAAAACGAACUGUUUUAUUUUCUAAGCUUAAUCUGGUAGCAUUACAGUUUAAGGAUACGAAAUAUCAUCCAAAGAAGUUUUCAAGCAAUGUACAAAGUUGCGUCAUGCAACAUUGGCAUCAUGAACCUCGAAUGUGAGAUAAUUUCUAUCACUGUUUUAUUUUUGUAAAUUUGUCGAGACAAAUGUUAACUAAUCUAUCAGGCGGAUGUGGCGCAACAUGGGCAAAAAUCGUGAUGCUGACUGGAAUUGGUUAAAACUAGGUUUCGACCAGAGAUAUUUUGACUACAAGAGAUGUGGUAUAGUCGUUAAAAGAACAGCUAAUAUAGACUACAUUGAAAAUUUGCUGGAAAAUGUGCCUUUUUGUCUAAAUUAUGUUAUUUUUUAUUUUUGUGUUUACAAAUCGUUAACUUGCAGGUCGCAUCCAUAACAGCAUUUUAAGGACUUAGAAAGCAGGGACCGAAACUAAUCAAUACGUGCCGCAUUGUUGCUUAGACAGUGCAGCGCCUAUUCAGAGGCACGGCUCUUUACAGUAAAAAAGGCAUAGUAGACAACAAAACACUCUGUAGUUGUGCUACUCAAUGUAAUAUUGAAGUUUUGAAUAUAUGAAAAUCAUAUAUGAGAACUGCGGGGUGAAGAAUUAUAUGAAAGAAGAUCAUCGCAGUUAUAGAGACAACUUUUGCAGUUGCGAAAAGAAAGCCUGAAAAAAAUUCAGGCUUGCACGGGAUUGGAACCCUUGACCUAUGCGUUACCGGUGCAGCGCUCUACCAAUUGAGCUAAAAAGCCAACUGGGAGCAGUUCUCAUAUAUGAUUUUCAUAUAUUCAUAACUUCAUCAUCAUCCUUUCACGGGUUUAAUAUGAACCAACUCACUGACCUGCUCCCAGUUGGCUUGUUAGCUUAAUUGGUAGAGCGCUGCACCGGUAUCUUACUCAGCCUCAUUCAAUAAUUGUUAAUUAUUGCCAUUAUUACUAUUUUUGUAGGCGUCGCAGAAAGAAAGGUGAUAGAAGUGUUAUCAUUCCAGAACACGCGUUUACCACAGAUCAAAAAUAUCUCCCACAUCUGAGUGAAGUCAGGAUUCAAGAAGAACCCUUUUUACUUCAAGAUGAGUCAUCAGUUUCGUACGAGUCAGAAUUCACAAACUUUAAAUACUCGAUGGGAGGAAACGUCAAAUUCUACGAUGAACAUAUUGCUUUAAGUAGUCCGCGCAAAAAGAUAAAAACUUCAUCGCGUUCAUCUAAAACCUUGAACCAAACAAUGGAAAGCUCGCUGAACGCGUCGCCAGCAAGAAGCGCCAUGUCUGAGAAUUUUGGUAGCAUGGAUAUGACCCCAAGAGUUUUGAGCACACCAGACAAAAAUGGAUUGGAGCUUAACGAAUCACAUGGAAGUUCUGGCGGAAAGAAAAUCAGCAAUAUUAUUGAACAUAAAAAGUUGGAUACCAGCUCGCAAAUCCAUGCCGCUUUGGAAAGGUUAAGAAUUAACGAGAAUGCAACUACGCAUGGUAGCAAAGCUAACACAACAUCAUCGAGUAUCGCUGAAAGCAUUGCAAAAGUCGACUCAUGGAAAACAGAUUUUGAUAAUUGUAAUAGUCCCUCGCUUCUCGCUGAAGAAGGCAUAGAAGGUGUAAGUAGCAAAACUACGAACAAUGUUACAAAUAUUUAUGACGCUCCUGUUUAUCAUCUCCAAAUGAGUACCUCUGGAAAUGGCGCGAGAGCACGGGAUUAUUCUCCUAUCCGUUCUAUCUCUGCGAGUAUGGACAUUCCUGAGCUAAGGGAUGACGAAAAAACUAGUGCGCAGUCUAAACCUUUUAACUACGCUACCGAAAUAACUAAGGAGGGUGUUGUCGACGAAAAAGACGCCGUAGUAAAUGUCGUGAACUCCAGGACUGAUGGCGUAAAUAACUCGCACGAAACUAAAGCAGGAGAUAUACCAGAUCCCGAAAGAAUGAGCCGGUAUAACAGAACCUUGCUAUACGUUAACGAGCAAAAUGAAACACUGCAGAACGGAGAUUACAGCGAAUUAAACGUGAAUUUAUCAGACUUAAGUUCGGAUGUGUUCACAGAUAGUGAGAUACCAACAUCCGGGUUCUUAUCACAAUCACGUGACGGAAAGAGUGAUUUGGACUUUUACCCAGACUCUCCGACAACCGAGCAAGCAUUCUCCAAGACUCCAUGUAGUUCGAGGAAGAACAGUUUAGAAUCUUACAUUUCCGAUGAUAGCAUGUCUGCAGUCGACUUGGAUUUUAAAGUAGGAGUAGAGAAAAGUAAGUGUUUCUCGUUUCGAAAGGCUGAAAAAAGCUUUACCAGUGUAGUUAGUAUUCUGGUUAUUCUGGCCGCCGUAUGAAAUCCUGUGUAAAAAAUGUCAUGGUUGGCCACGGUGGCGUCUAUUGUUUAAUUGUGACGGGGUUGGUAUUUUAAAAAACUAUUUGAAAACAAUCGAAUACCACGUUAGAAUAGACCCUAUUUUGAAAUAAGCUGAAAGAGAGCUUCUAUUCCAAAAGUGAGUAAGAGUUAGUCAAAACAUGUUAAGUUCACCUGUCAUUUUUGGUUAAUUGCUAUAAAAAUAUGUGACUGGUCCUGAGUCCACUGAAUAUCUUUAAUUUUCUUCGCUAUCAAAUAAUUCUCUCUAAAAAUUACAGAAAUACACAAGCUUGUUCCUAAUGGUGACAUGCAUUCAACUUCACAUACAGCAGAAAACGGAAAAACGAAGGAGGUAUGAGUGAUCAACAUCCCAUCUUUUUUAUUCAUUUACUUAAAACGUUUGCCAACAAGUCAUAUUAAUCAAAAGUCUUUCAAUUAUGUUAUGAUGUUUUAAAAUUUGCAAACAGUAGACAACAUGUGAUCACUGUGUGAUAUACACUGACAGUCGAUUGGGUUUUCUCAAUGCUUUUUGGGUGAACAAUAAUUUGCCUUUGAAAAACUUUUGAACGGCUACAAUUAGUUUGACGCCGUUCCGAACAUCUGAACACCGCUCAGUUUCUCUUAAUAUGCGAGAAGUGAUCGCGCCAGUUUGUAUCUUUUCACCAAUUCUUAACCUGCUUCGGUUGAUCAAAUUAUUCAUUUUACACAAGCGCUUACCUUUUUUCCGUUUUCUUUACCCUUUUCCUUAUGUUUUGAAAAUAAACUUCUCUUUUCCUUUCCAGCUGAAAGGUAAAAGCAGUACGCCAAGUAUUAAAGCUAAAGUCCCAGGUAGGUAUUGAUCAGACAGAAAACGCUGAAAACGAAGAAAUCGCUGCCCCCUAACUCUUCUUAUAUAACUACAAUGAUUUCAGGUGAAGGUGUGCGGAAACCUGACACAAAGAAAAUGGGCUUCAAGACGAAGGCAAAACCAAAAGUGAAUUCCUUCAGCAACAUUGGACAUGUACCUGGGGGAGGACGAGUUAAGGUAAUGACUAUCUACUUCUAGAACGCGCAAUGGUGGCUCAUGGAUUCAGCUUUCAAGAAUUAUGCAAAUCAAGGGGGACGAGAACCAAGAAUUGACGUCAAUUGUAUUGAUAUCGUCUAAAGUUAGUUAUGGAAAUAUAACCAGAGGAUUUAGGCAAAUCACAAAUGGAUGAUCAUCUAAUUAAUUGCCUAGGUAUGACCAUCUUUUUUCGCUUGUAAAUUAUGCUAUUUUAACUUGCUAUCUCUAGGUUCGCACAGAUAAACUGAAACCCCCCAAGCAUGUGGAUCCCAGGACAGACACUCACAAUGUCGAGGCUUACAGCCACUUGCCAACCGAAUUUCAAGAAAUUGCAAAACGUCUUGCUAAACAAGACAGACAACUAAGAGAGUCAAAAAUUAGCGGCAGUAGUUCGAGCGGAAGAGGUCGAACACGCUCGCGACGAUCAAGCCGCGGAUCCAGCCGAGCGGGCAGCGUCAGUCCUGAUCAACGAUCGACUUCAAAACCAAACUUUAGGUUAGGAAGCCUUUCCGGUUCAUCCAUGAAUCUGAAUACGUCAACUACCAGCCUUGCACAAAAUAAAGGUAACCUUUCUUCAACUCGCCGAGCCCCGAUCAGCCGGUCACCCAGCAUUCGUUCCAGACCCACAACACCAAGUCUAAGUCGCUCACAUCCGGCAACGUUUGCGACACUAUAUGAUUCCCGCUCACGACCUUCCUCAAGACCAUCCUCCCGACCGUCAUCCCCCGUUUCACAGUCACGGAACUCGUCACCCACAAAUGGAAGGCGUUCGCGAGGUUCCUCGCCCUCCUCCAAAAGAAGGAAAUCAUCAACUCUGAACCAAACGUCUUCAAGUACAAACCGUUCAAAAGCGAAAAUGGCGAAUGGAAUAAGGGGACGACCGACCAAUCUGGUUGGACUAUCAAGCGUAGAAAUUGGCCUCUGUAAGUACUGUCACUGACACUUCGGUUCAUUUGUAAAUUUAAUUUAAAUUUAAAAAGAGAGAAAAGCUCCUCGCUCUCUUUUUUCAAUUUUCUUGAUUAAUUUUGUUCACCCAAAUAGUCAAUUUGGCCAUAAAUCUGUGACACAAUUCCAAGUCUCGUCAAUGAGAAAACUAAAGCUCUUCGUAAAAGCUCUUGAAAUAAAUGAAUCGUUUUUGCCUUAGUGCUUUUUAUUUCAUUUCGUUUCACGUUUGUAUCUCAUUGAAAGUUGAUUUGUUUCCAGUGAUGAGUUUUGAUAACAAUGUCUUUUUUAAUGUUUUUUUUAAAUCGGUAAUUAAUGAAAUUUUUAACCGCCGCGUUUGUUUCUUUGCAGCUUCAGGAUCAGUUUUUCAAGUGAUUCCCGUGCACAAGUAGAAGUCCUCUGCAAACUUCCAUGAUUUCUAUUUAUUUGAAAGACCUCUUAUCCCAGACAUUGAUUUACGUUUAAUGAGGCACACAAACCCUACUAACGGAC